AUGGAAUCCGCUAAAGUCCCAGGUGGGACCCCUGCGCCAUAUGGCAGUGCGUGUAUGAACUGUUCUCGUGCCAAGUGCAAAUGUAUUAUCCCCGCAAGCGGUACUGGCUGCGAAAGAUGCCAGCGCCUGAGCAAGGAAUGCCGGCCUGCGCAAACAGUGCGCAAGCGCAAUAAGCCGACAUCCGGUUCUAAUACUGCCCAUCUCGAGGCCAAACUUGAUUGGAUCAUGUCCGCGUUUGAAAAGGGUGGUGCUGCCCCCAGUCUUCCUCCGAAUUGGCAACCUGUAAACCUAGAACAGAGUCAACGGCAUGAUCCAAGCCAAUCCGCACCAAUCACUCAAACCUCAACUAGUGUUUCUUCUUCAACUGCCGAGGAAAGGCACUACCCUACGCACUUUCUGGCCCCGUAUGAUCGGGAGAUCUUGUCCCUGAUCUAUGUCCCGCCCGCCAUGGCUCAGAAGCACCUAGACCAUUUCCGCACUCGGAACUUGCAAUAUCUCCCCUUUGUCUACAUUCCUUCUCACAUAACAUCUGACCAGUUGCGAGAGAAAUAUCCGUUUCUUUGGGUAUGUAUUAUGGAAGUGACCACAUGUAAAAAUCCAGAAGGUGACUCUUUCGGGAGAAUUACCAAUCAUAUUCAUCAGAGAGUUAUGGUCGACAUUAUGCCGAGCAUGGAUCUUCUCCUCGGGACCAUGAUUUUCAUAUCAUGGGUUACAUACACUAAAAGGCCGUUUCUCAAUGUCUAUGCACAUUUGCUAAUGGCCGUUGUCGCCGAGCUUGGGAUCAAUCAAAGUGUCCCAAAUGAAUACUCAGCCAUGCAUUCAUUCAAAGUCGCUAUUGGAAUGAAGCAAACUCCACCCACACCCAGAACACUGGAAGAGAGGAGGGCUGUGCUGGGAUGCUUCUUGAUAUCAUCAAGCGCCGCAUUGUCAAUGUCCAGGAUCGACGCUAUGCGCUGGACACCGCACAUGGAAGAAAGUCUUUCAGUACUCACCGAGGCUAAAGAGUGUCCCGAGGAUGAGCUUCUGAUCGCACUAGUCAAGAUCCAUUUGGUCUUAGACAGAGUCUAUCAACUGCGGCGGGACGGUGAAGCUUUUAUCUCGCUACCCUUCUAUCUCGAUAGCUUCAGAAAUCAAUUAGACACAGUGAAGAGCCAAAUUCCGCCUCAUCUUCAACAGCACAUCGUGCUGAUGUAUCUCUACAAUGCUGAAAUUGUAAUCAACGAACUUUCAAUACGAAACCCCGUCGUCGCACAUUCGCCUGAUCUCCAUCGCCUUGACAGCCUUUACACCUCCCUCCGAGCAACAAAAGGCUGGCUAGAGGUAUGGCUGAAACUUGAGGGAGAGGAGUACCUACAGGUAUCAUGUGUAAUUUUCUUCCAAUUCACUCGAGCUAUUGUCAACCUGUACAAGCUCACCAUUCUGGAGGACCCGGCGUGGUCUAAGAGUAUGGUCCGAGACACAGCAAAUAUCCUCGAAUACCUGAACAGAAACGAAGCCGUCAUCAGAAGGUGUCCAGAAAAUAUCACUUUCGACCAAAAUAGGGAAAUGAACCUCCUCGAAAAGGGAUUGAGGAUGGUUCAAGGCAUGAGAAUGAACUGGGAGCCGAAAUUGAUGGAAAUGUGGCACCCAAAUCUGCCCGCAAACAACGGGAUUGAUAGUGGCACGAUCCAAUCUGAUGAUAUACUUCCCGAUGUUAUGCAUUUCGGUGGGAUUGAUGAGGCCUGGAUGAUGGAUUUCCUUGGGUCGUUAUGA